CGGCUGCGCUCUUUCUUUCUCGCCGCCAUCUUAGGUCGGUGCUGCUGGGUGAGACCCGAGAAGAGGCCUGCUGGGGACAGGACUUCAAGACGCCAUGACUGGCAGGUUGUGGUCUAAAGCCACUUUUGCUGGCUACAAGCGAGGCCUCCGAAACCAGAGGGAACACACAGCUCUUCUGAAAAUUGAAGGGGUUUAUUCCCGUAAUGAGACGGAAUUCUACUUGGGCAAGAAGUGUGCCUAUGUGUACAAAGCAAAAAAUAACACCGUGACUCCUGGGGGCAAACCCAACAGGACCAGAGUAAUCUGGGGAAAGGUGACCCGGGCCCAUGGCAACAGCGGCAUGGUGCGAGCAAAGUUCCGCUCCAACCUACCAGCCAAAGCCAUUGGACAUAGGAUCCGAGUGAUGCUGUAUCCAUCUAGAAUCUAAAUUUGGACUGAAAAUAAAAUUGAGACUAUAUUCCA